AUGGCGACCACAGCUAUGGACUAUGAGAACGCCAAUGGCGACCGAUUCGAUGAGGAGGCGCCCCGCUACGAGCGUGACAAUCGCUCUGCCUCGCCCCGCGGUGACAACGGCCACGAUAGUGCUCGUCGCCGCUCGGCGUCACCCGCUGGCAACGGCGACCGCGACUACAGCGGACCCAAGGACGAUGGCGGCAGCAAGGGCGGUGAUGAUGAUGGUGCCAUCAACCCCGGAUCUAACCUGUUCGUCACCGGCAUUCAUCCCCGUCUGACCGAGCAAGAGGUUACGCGCCUCUUUGAGAAGUACGGCGAGGUCGAGAAGUGCCAGAUCAUGCGUGACCCCCACACCAAGGAGUCUCGUGGCUUCGGCUUCGUCAAGAUGGUCACAUCUGACCAGGCCGACGCCGCCAAGGAGGGCCUCCAAGGUGAGCAGAUCGAGGGCCGUACUCUGAGCAUUGAGAAGGCUCGUCGUGCUCGUCCUCGCACUCCCACCCCCGGCAAGUACUUCGGCCCACCCAAGCGAGAGGGUGGUGGUGGCGGUCGUGGUGGCGGCCGGUUCGGAGGUGAUCGCUAUGGCGAUGAUCGACGCCGAGGCGGCUAUGGAGGCGGUUACGGCGGAGGUCGUGACGAUAGCUACCGCUACCGAAACUACGAUCGUCGCUAUGAGGAUCGUGGCGGCUAUGAUCGUGGCUAUCGCGAUGAUCGCGGCGCUGGUGGCUCUUCCGGCGGCUAUGAUCGAAGCUACCGAGACGAUCGCAACAGCGGAUAUGAGCGCCGUGACAGAGACGAUGGCGGCUACAGCGGCAGCCGUGGCGAUCGUUAUGGAGGUGGACGCGAGGACCGUGGCCAACGCUAUGGCGGCGGAGGUCGCGGUGAGGGAGGCGAAGAUCGCCGAGGCGGUUACGAGCGUCGAUAUGAGGAUCGUGGCGGUGAUCGGGAUGGUGGCCGUUCUCGCGAGCCCGCUGCUGGUCCCGCUGCUGCCGGCGGCUACGGCGAGUCUGCUCCUCGAGGCGAGGCCCGUGAGGCUUAUGGCGGUGCGUAG